CGCCAGAUGGUACGGCCGUAUUGGAGAAACAAGAUACGGAGGAUGAAUAUUUGGGUGUUGGCGGUGGUACUGGAACAGGAUCACGAUCCAAUUCCAUAUCGUCGUUCCAAUCGAUUCAUUCGGCGAUGCACUCUGAUAGCAAUGUUGCAUCUGAACGAUCCGUGAAACGAACCAAUUCAAGACCUCCAAUACCAGCGCAUAUGUUAAACACACAAACAGCAUCUUCGUCGAAUGGUGGUGAAAAACACACUGAAAAAACUGUCGAU